AUGCGAUGUGAGCUCUGCAAAGCCCGCAAAGUCAAGUGCGACCGCGCCAAACCCGCCUGCUCGUGGUGCGCCCGCCGCAACCGCGAAUGCGUCUACCUCGAGCGCCAAAAGCCCGGAAGCCGCAUCACCUUUGGCCUCGAGCUCGAAGCCCAGGUCAACCGGACCCAGGCCCGCCUCGCAGAGCUCGAGCGCCGCUUCGAAGAACACCUCGCCUCCGCUUCCACCACGGACCAGCUAGGCGAGACUCCUCCCGCGCCCGUCGUCCCCGCCCUCGAGCCACGGUGCCGUGACCGCCGCGCACGGAGCCGGUGGCGUCACGGACCACCACCACCACACCCUUCCGCCCUUGGCGUCGCCCUACGGCCAGAGCGCCGCCUCCCAGCAGCAGCAGCAAUCCGGGUACGCGCCGCCGCUGCCUCCGCCGCCCCUCCACCCCCGCUACGGCAUGACUCGUCCACCGCGUCAUCGGGCGGGUUCCUCACCCCGCACACCACGCACCCCGCGCUGCCGGCCUCCGCCUUGCCGACCGACGCCGACGAGCUGCCCCCGCAGGACAUGCUGUACACGCUGACGGAUCUCUACUUCAAGCACUGCAACACGUGGAGCCCCAUUCUCGAACGCAAGACCGUCUUCGCCGUGCUCGACAAUUUCCCCCACGUUGCCCAAGAGGACCGCGUGCUUCUGCACGCCAUCGUCGCCACCACGCUCCGCUUCUUCCACGACCCUCGCCUGUCCGCUGACGCCAAGGCUCGCCAGUACGCUGCAUCCAAGCGCGCCGUGCAGGUCUACUCCCUCGACCACCUGAGCGUGCCCGCCCUGCGCGCCCGCGUCGUGCUCUGCCUCGACGUCCUCGGCACUCACAACGGGCCGUGCGGCGGCAUGCUCGUCGCCUCUUUGGGUCAGGCUGCCAAGCAACUCGGCCUCUGCGACGAGACGAGCGUAUUCCUCGCCAGUCCGGGCUCCGGCUCCGGGGCCCCCGGCGGCUCCAACGACAUCUCAUCCCGGUCCGGCCUCGUUCGCAAGCUUACUACCUCCCAGCCCCAGUCGUGGAUUGAAGACGAGAGCCGCCGCCGCCUCUGCUGGAUGGUAUACAUCCUCGACAAGUACGCCACCAUGGCAGCCGCCAUGACGCCCGGGUACACCCUCGUCGACCACUGCGUGCGCCGCGUGCUCCCCUGCUCCUACGACCUCUUCUCCCGCGACAUCCCCGUCGAAACCCACUGGUUCGGCGGCAGCCCCGCCGAGCUCGAGGCCCCCGACGCCGGAGCCCGCCUCGCCGCCAUCAACAAGUCCGAGAACCUCGGCAGCUUCUCCUACCACUGCGAAGUGAUCCGCAUCCUCAGCCGCGCCCACGCCUUCGCCACCACCCCGCUCGAUGUCUACUCCCCUCCGAAACCGCCGCCUGGCGCAACACCUACCGCCGCCUCGACUCUACCCUCGACGGCUGGCUGCAAAGCCUACCUGGCGAGUACCGCCGCAUGUCCGCCUCCGCCUACGUCGCCUCCGUCCCUCGGCGGCAUCGUCCAGGAUGUCCGCGCCGCCGAGGGCCUCGACUUGCUGGGGCCCCUGUUCGCCCUCUCCCUCUGGGUCGCAGCGCGCGUCUUGCUCGUCGAUGCCGCGGUCGCAGCCGGGCCCGUGGACCCCAUGAUUGAUCUCUUUAUCGUCACUCUCGAGGACAUGGGUAGGCAUUGGGACGUGGCUAGGUGCUACGCUGCUAUUCUCUCGCGCGUCGUUGCGCGCGCGCGGGGCGGUGAUGGCACGUGGUCUGCCAUGCGCAGGAGCGCCCAUGACCUCUUGAACCUCACCAUGGCUACGCCAGGCAUCAGUUAUCUUUCGUUCGGCGAGAAGCUCGGCGGCCUCCGCAAGAAGCAACCCGCCUCGGACACGCAUACGGCCCUCCGCGUCGCCUCUUUCAAAAACUACGCGGCGUACAUGGGCACUCCCAUAUUCCGCGAGGGCCUAGGCGAGCUCAAGGACCUUGCGAACAGUUCCCCGCGCAGCUCGCCACAGGGGACGGCGAUCAUGUGUAGCGAGACUCUUUGGUGGCGGUGCCAUCGGAGGAUGAUUUCCGAUAUCCUGACAACGGCGGGGUGGACAGUGCAGCAUCUCGGAAUCAAGGAGGUGCCUGUGAAGCAUGUGCGAUGGGAUAUUGCGCGGUUGGAGAGAGACGGCAGCUUAGUCUAUGAUGGCGGCAGCGGAAAACUAGUUUGA